AUGGCGGGGGGGCCUAGCGGCCUGCGGGGGAGGGGCACGUCCGGGACGCGCCGCGGCUUCGCCGGCGCCCCCUGGCGGCUCGGAGGGCCCUCUGAGCGCCGAGCAGUCACGUGGCUCAAGGGCGCGCUGUGGAGGCGUGGUCUGGAUCGGGUGCGCCCUGGCAACGCCUUAAAGUACAACAUCACGUCCGGUUCCUACUUCCGGGUCGUUCCGCCGUCGCCGCCGGUAACGGCUCCGGGCCGGCCUCACCAUGUUCCUCCUCCUCCCGCCGCCGCCGCCCCCAUGAGCCGCAAGAAAAGCGGCUUCGCCAUCACCAGCGUCCGCGGCGGCAGCGGGAGCGCGCCCGGCGAUGCCUCUGGCGCCGCGACCGGUUCUUCAUCUUCCUCGUCCGGCAGCGGCAGCCCCAGCGGGUCCCGAUUCCGCCUCGUUCGCUUACUGUCGCCUGGAGAGGUGCUGCGGCGGGGCCGGUGGCUGUGCCGCGAUUUCUACGAGCGGGACGCGUCACCGCGGGGAGGCGGCGGCGGGGGGAGGGUCCCGGUGUCGCUGGACGCCCCCCGGGCCGUCCCCGCUCCCCACCAGCCCCGGUCCCUCGGGGCCUUCGCGCAGCUGGUGCAGCAGGCGCUGCCCCCCAAACCCCCUUCGCCACGCCCCAGGGGCGGAGCCGAGCUCAGCGUGCGCCUGGGAUUGGCUGGCGAGGAGAGCGAAGAUGAGGGCACCGGGAGCGGCGUCACCGCCAUCGACAACAAGAUUGAGAGGGCCAUGGUGCGUUUCGCGCCCAGCCCCGCGGUCCCGGAUGAGGAAGAGGAGGAUGGAGAUAGCGGGGCCCCCGCUCUGGCUAUCCCCACCCUGCACAGCAGCCAGGGGGGUCCUUGGGGGGCUGCCCCCGAGCCGUUCGACGCCCCCCGGGCCGCGGCCGCGCUCCUGGGCAGCUCCUUCGCCGCCCGCAGCGCCCUGGGCGGGGCGGCGGCCGCAGCCAUGAACGUGCCACAAGCCCAGCGGCUCUUCCGGGGUCUGGUCAGCCUGGCCGUGCCCCCCCCGCCGGGGCCCCGUAGGGGGGUCCUGGCCCCCCCCACGCCCACACCGCAGGUGCCUGGGCCACAGCUGGGGGUGCUAGCAGGGGGGGCUGGCAGAGGGGUGGGGUGGCCCUGGUUGCCCCCGCCCACACCCCCCGAGCCCCCCCAGGCCAUCCCAUGCCCCCCCCGAACCACCUUCGCCAUGUACCAGAAGCUGCAGCAGUGGGAGAGUUGCUGAGGGGGAACAAUUCUGCUUUUUUAUCCCCCCCCAGAAUAAAGUUAUUUGUGACUUUUGA